AUGACUCCUAGGAACUUCCCAAGGACCAAGGCGAUGCAGGCUCUUAAACGCAAGUCUUGGUGGGGAGAGUUUAGUGUGAAACUGGGUUGGCACUGGGUUUCCAAUGCAUUGCCCAAUGCCUUACUGUUUGUUCUGUCAGUUUUUUUCAGGAAGAUCCUCAUCUUGCAACUAGUAGGGCUGGUGCUAACUUACAACUUCUCUAACUGUGACUUUAACAAAAUUAGAGUGGAGUAUGACCAAAUCAUUUUUAGUGACCUGAAGAAAUAUAUGAAUGGGACCAAAAGCACCCAGUUCAACUACAACAUCUCCUGUAACAACCCGCCAGAUUGCCUCACUGAAAUCCAGCGCGUUACUUUCAGUCCCACCCACGGCUGCACGUCACUCCACAAGGAAAUGUUUGCCGUGAAAACUAAGGCUACCCUUACUCUGCAGUGCCCAGGCUACUCCGGAAUUCAGAUAAAUAAUACCCAGGCAAAGAAGAAUAGAAAGAAAAGAGAAGUCACAACAAACAAAUGCCUGAAGCAAGCCUCGCAAUUACUAGGAUUGUGGCGUCGUUUCAGUCGAAUUAAAGGAAACAAAAGAAACCAUCUAAAUUACAGUCAUAUCUCGAAGCACCAAAGUAAAUCAUCUUCAUUAAGUAGAUGAAAAAGUAACUCACGGUGACUUUUAAAAGACUACCAAUAGUUAUUCUUUGAUUACAGAAGGGUUUCUUAACUUAUUUUUGUAAAUUUUAAUUGUUUAAUGUAUGUUUUUAAUGUGGAGGAAGUACUAUCCCUCAAAUGUCAGGAGACACUUCUAUAAUAUCGAUGACUGGCUUCAUGGAAGUAAGAAAGAAGAACUUCCUUGAAAAAGGAGAAAAAGUUGAACUCAGUGAUAGCAUCUAAACCUCUGUUUACAAGGCAGGCAUUUCUUUUACAUGUAAUGACACUGCGUGUGUUCUCAUAUUAAAUAUUUACAAAAGAAGGAAAUGAAAGCAAAAGAGAGUGCACAAAUAGUUGUAUGUAUCGUGAAGCAAUUUGAAAGAAUUUUCAAGCAAAAUAUUGUGAAAGUAUUCUAAGCCAAGUUUUAAAAAUUAUCUGACAUGCAAGUAGAUUCUGAAGAAGUGCCUUUAUUACAGCUACUAUAUAUAUAUAUAUAUAUAUGUAUAUUAAAUUUAUAGAAUGUAUCUUUAAUUUAUUUUCUGAUCACUUUUGAAAAUGUACAUGGUCCUUUGAAAUUGACACUAUAUAUUUCUUAAUAAAAUAAUUCUCAAAUAA